AUGCACAAUGCAAGUAUCAAGAAGGAGGAAAUGAAGGCAACCACUACUGGAAUUAGGGAUUUUGUCGUCUGCCAGUUGUUUGCCGUCCGCUUGCCGAUGGCAAAGAAGAUGGCAAAGAAUCUUUGCCACCUGCAAGCGAACGGCAAAGAGGUGCCACCGGAUGCCAGCACAGUGCAACGAGGGGGAUAUCUAUUUUUUGCGGGUAAAAAACACCGUUGCCCCCACCUCCUCUAUCUAUAUACCCUCUCUCUCCGCCCCUGCCCCACAGCCGAGCGCCUCCCGACCCCGCCUCCCUCGGCCCCGCGCCGCUGCGCCACCUCGCCUCCGCCCGCCGGUGCGCGUCGCAACCUCACCGGACCCCAGGAGCCCCGCCGCCUCGCGCUGUCACCUGCGUCGCGUCGUGCGCCGCCACCUCCCCACAAGCUCGUCGCCCCGUCGCGGAAGCCUCGUCGCUGGUCUCCUCGACCUCGAGAUUCGUCGCCGCCAUGGGAGCGGAGCAUCGAGCUCCUCUGCACCCCGCCCGCGUCCCCGCGUCGCCGCCGCCGCCCCACCCUGCCUCGCGCCCGGAUCCAGCCAUGGGAGGUCCGGCCACUCCGGAUCCGGCCUCCUCCUCGCUGGACCUUCUACCUCGGGACCUUGCUGAUGACGGAGGAGCGGCGGCGCGCCAUAUGGGCCAUCUACGUGUGGUGCAGGAGGACAGAUGAGCUCGUGGACGGUCCCAAUGCGUCGCACAUCACGCCGCAGGCUCUUGACCGGUGGGAGAGGAGGCUGGAGGACCUGUUCACCGGGCACCCCUAUGACAUGCUCGACGCCGCGCUCUCAGACACCAUCGCCAUGUUCCCCAUAGAUAUUCAGGUUGGUCUUGAAUCCCUAAACCUUGUAAUUUGCCCAAAGUUGAGUGUUCUACUCAUAGAGGCCCCAAAUAUGUCUAUAUUGGAGCUGAAGGGCUGUGGUGUCUUUUCUGAGGCUUCAAUUAAUUGUCCUUGCUUGAUAUCUUUAGAUGCCUCUUUCUGCAGACAGCUUAUGGAUGAUUUGUGGACUUGCCAUUAUUACUGGAGGUAGAAGGGGACUAGGAGAGGCUGUGGUAAAAUUUUGAGCCCAUGGAGAUUAGUGGAAGAGGUCAAAGUGAUGCUUUUUGAAAAUUGGCAGAAGGUGUUUGUUGCUGCUUUGGGCAAGAAAAUGAAUUACACUUGACAUGAGACUUAACAGGAUGGAAUGGCAUACAGAAAUAGGGUGUUCCACCAAAUUUGAGUUCAUUUGGGUAAAGUUGCCAAUGUAACUUUUGUAAACCCUAGAAACUCACAGAAAUGAACUUGCUUAGAUCUAGCUAAGCUAAACUCUCCUCCUUGGUGCACCACUUGGUCCACGAAGUCUUGAGAUCAAAUGGACAAGGUUGGCCAUGUAGAGUUGUUCAAGUUUGGUUUUGAACAGAAAGGGUUUUGGGGCACUUUUGUGAACCAAAACAAUUUUGAUUGAGAUGAAACUUUGCAAGAUCAUCACAUUAUGCAUAUGUGACUUGCUAUAAUUUUCUUCGAAUUUUUAGAGAAUA